AUGAUAAUAAAAACUGAAGCUAGUCAUACUGAUAAAUCUGGCAUAGCGGAGGUACUAGCGGCUAAAUCUGGCACAUCGAAGGUGCCAGUUGCUAAAUCUAGCGCAGUGGAGGUGUUAGCAGCCAAAUCUGGCGACAUGCUAAUGACUAAAUCUUGCAUAGAAGAUGUGCUAGGGGAUAAAUCUAUGCCAAUCCUAAGGCUCACAAGAAGGUUCGACCUGAAAACAACUCUUUAUUAUUAA